AUGGCCACCGCCGAGGCCGCUCCUGCCGUGGCUACCGCUGCCAGCGGUGUCGCGCCGGACCCGGAACAGGUCCGCCUGCAGCUCAUGCAGAGCACCACUCUUCUCAACGUUGCCAGGCGUCCCGACAAGGGCGGAAGCCAAGGCAACCAGAUCAACGUCCUCAUCAACGCCUUCAAGAUGGACGUCGGCACGCCCAGGAACAACGUCGUGUGGCAGCUCGACGUCAAGAUCGAGCCCAUCUACGAGAAGGGCCGCGCACCCGCCCCGGGCCGUGCCUCGGAACGUGGCCUGCCGCCGAACCUUCAGUUCUCGAUCUUCGAGCACGCCUUCGCCGAAGCGGCUCGCGCGGGCGACCACGGCCUCACCACCGGCAUCGUCGACGGCCUCACUUUUGAUGGCCGCAAGAACGCCUUUGCCAACCGCCCUCUGCCCUUCGAGGACAUCACCCUCGAGGUCGGCCUGCCUCCCAGAGAGAACCUGCCCGCCAUCCCCGGCACCCUUGGCGCCACCGUCGGCGGUCCGGCCCCGACCCGUCGCCGCGACAGCGACCGUCGAUUCCGCAUGAGGGUCAAGAAGGUGCGCGAGGUUGACCUGUCGCGCCUGGCCGCCUACUGCAGCGGCGACCGCCAGAUCGCCAUGGCUUCGGGAAAUGCCAACGUGCUCGGCCAGGUCUUUGACGGCCUCCAGGCCCUCGACAUCCUGCUCGCCAACGAGCCCGCCAAGAAGUACCGCAUCCAGGGCGCCGGACGCCACCGCUACUUCGACGGCAACAACACCCUGCCCAUCUUUGGCGGCGCCGAAGUGUGGCGCGGAUUCUUCCAGUCGGUGCGCCCUACCAUGAGCGGCCUGGUCGUCAACAUCGACGCCGCCUUUUCGGCUUUCCUGGGCAGCGGCGACCUCGUCACGGUUGCCGGCAAGAUCCUCAACAUCAUCCCUAGCGGCGGUGGCGGCGGUGGCGGUGGUCGCGGCGGUGGCGGCGGCGGUCGAGGUGGCCGUGGAGGUUUCCGAGGUGGACCCCCGGGCCGCGGAGGCUACGGCGGCGGCGGCGGCGGCGGCUACGGAGGAGGCCCGUCGGGUCCGGCUCCCGCCAUCGACCGCCUCCUGCCGAACCAGCUCCAGGAGCUGCGCAGGAGGCUCAAAGGAAGCCAGGUCCGCGUGACCCACCGCCCCACCAACAAGGUCGAGCUCUUCAAGGGGUUCACUCCCAAGACGGCGCGCGAGAUGAAGUUUACGCUGAAGGACGGUACCGAGCACACGAUCCUCUCCUACUUCAAGUCCAAGUUCAACUACACCGUGCGCUACCCGGAGCUUCCCUGCGUCAUCCUCGGCGACGGCAAGAGCUUCGUCCCCAUGGAGGUGUGCGCCCUCGUCCCCGGCAGCGCUCCCCUCCCUCCGCAGCGCCUCAACCCGAUGCAGGUGCAGGACAUGAUCAGGGAGUGCGCGCAGCGUCCCGACGUCAAGAUGCGCCGCAUCGACGAGAUCCGCCGCCAGCUGAGCUACGAGGACGACCGUCGCAUCCAGGAGUGGGGCGUCCGCAUCAGCCCGCAGCUGAUGCGCGCUCCCGCUCGCCAGCUGCAGCCCCCCACGGUGCAGUACUCGCCCGGCGGCCAGCGUCCGCGCAUCCAGAACGGCUCCUGGAACCUCGUCAACGCCAGGUUCAUCAGCGGUGGCGACCCCCUCAUCGUGUGGGCGGUCGUCAACUUUUCGCGCCAGCCCGAGAACCUCGUCAAGCGCUUCGUCGGCGCCCAGAUGGGCAAGUUGCAGGAGCUCGGCGUCAGGGUCAUCAACACCGAGCCGCCGUACUUUGAGCAGGCAAGCACCGACCCGGGCCAGAUCAUGCGCACGCUCAACGAUGCCGGCCGCGCGGCGUACGCGCAGGGCAAGCAGAUCACCAAGGGCGGGCAGGCGGUCCUGCCGCAGCUCUUUUUCUGCAUCAUGGACCGCGUCGACACGCCCUUUUACGACGAGAUCAAGCGUGCGUCGGCGCUCAAGCUCAACUCGCCCGUCGCCUCGCAGGUGGUCAACACCAAGAAGGCCUUCAGCGACCGCGGACAGCCGCAGUACCUGGCCAACGUGGCCAUGAAGGUGGCCAUCAAGCUCGGCGGCACCACCCACUCGGUCGACGGCCAGGACCUGCCCGGGCUGACCCCGCACACGAUGCUGAUGGGCGUCGACGUCACCCACCCCGCGCCCGGCACCGAUCUGCCGUCGAUUGCCUGCUCGGUGGCCACCGUCGACGGCAACCGCAGCCGCUACUCUUCCGAGAUCCGGGCGCAGCUCAACCCGCGCAGCCGUAAGGGCGGCCAGGCCCAGGAGGUGCUGAUGCACGCCCAGUCGAUGUUUGCCGGCCACCUCCAGCGCUGGAAGAAGCGCGCCAACCGCCUGCCCGCCUCUGUCGUCGUCUUCCGCGACGGUGUGUCCGAGGGACAGUACCAGAGCGUGCUGGACCACGAGGUCUACGCGCUCAAGAAGGCCGUCAGGCAGGUCGAGCCCAAGGGCGAGGUCAAGGUGACGUACGUCAUCUGCGGCAAGCGCCACCACGUCCGCAUCUUUUCCGAGAGGGGCCAAGGCACCGACGGUCGCUCCGGCAACCUGCUCGCCGGCACCGUCGUCGACCGCGACAUCACCUCGCCGUACGCCUUUGACUUUUACCUCCAGUCGCAGGCCGGCCUGGUCGGCACCACCAUCCCCGCCCACUACGUGGUGCUGAUGGACGAGAACCGCUUCAGCUCGGACAGCCUGCAGAGGACCAUCAACUCGCUCUGCUACUCGUACGCCCGCGCCACGCGAUCCGUCUCGCUCGUGCCCCCCGCGUACUACGCCCACCAGCUGGCCACCAAGGCCAAGGCGCUCGUCUGGCCCGACACCAGCGGCGACACGUCGACCGUCGUCAGCUCCGAGGGCAGGGAGGCCAAGAGCAUCGAAGACAUCGACGCCGAGGCCACCAUGGGCAAGCUCAGGAGGAGUCAGAUCUUCACCGAGACCAUGUGGUUCAUGUGA